ACUAUACUCGACAGCCUGGGGUCUCCGCCGUGUAAACCUCCUUCUCGUAGGUACGAAAUACUUCCUUCUACAGAAGAAGGCCCCCCAUCGCCCGCUACAUCCUCAACCAACCUGUUCCCGCACCAAUCCUUGCCUUGCGCUCUCGAAACGUGACCAAUGGAUGCAACUACACCUACGAGUCGUCCGACCUCAAGCUCAAACACGCACCCGCCGACCGCCGGGAAAUCAACCGGACCUUCAACAGCCACAAAAACGACUGCUAAACCAGCUGCUCCCCGAGGGCCUCCAGCGGUACCUCGCAUCGAUGAGAAGCCACUCUAUGAAGCCCUCAAAACUCAUGUCGGGUUGGAAAAUUGGCUAAUAUAUAAGGAAGCUCUUGGAGGCUUUUUGACUGGUCGCCUCAAUCAUGAGGAGUUAACCUCGCGCAUCGCAAGUUUCAUCAAAGGACCCGCCGUGCGAAUGCAUAACCAAUUGUUGUUAGCCAUGUACGGAAAUUCGUCAAGGGAUUUGCCACCAACGGAUGUUGCGGCAUGGGUGUCUGCUACUGAUAAGCCAAGUACGCUUUCAAAGAUGCCGGCUGGGGACGUCAAUGAGAAGAGGCUGAAGAAGGAGGUUAUGGCGAUUUUGGCCAGGGAGAGGAGGAGGAUCAAGGAGGUCCCUAUGCCGCUGGGAGACGUUGAAGAUAUGCUCGGUAGUAUGCUACAAGAUUACCAUUUGGCAAAGCAGGUCAAGAUCCCCGAAGCUCCUCCUCCGAUGAGUGCGGGUCUUAAAACAAACUGGGAGUCCGAGAUCAAAAACCGCUACGCGAUGGCCCUCUCCAGCGAAUCCGGCGAAUUCCCGGACGUCGAGAACAUCCGCCAACGCAUGCUCCCAAUAUGUUACGAAGAAGGUGUUCCCGGCGGCUGCACCCCCGAAGCCGCAAACUUCAUGAACGUGGCGGCGGAGACCUUCGUCAAGGAAAUCCUCUCAACCAUCAUCUCCCGCGUCCGCUCCAACGGCCCCAACUACAUCCAGACCGACAAGUACCGCAAGCUCCACCCGAAGGGCCGCUGGACCCCCCCCAACGAACGCCCGCUGUUAAGCAUGCACGAUGUCAGGCUAAGUCUCACCCUCGGCGAUAACUUACUCGCACAACUGCCCUUGAGCCAAAAGAGGAUUAUGGCUGGAGGCUGGUUCGAGAGGGAUUACGAGGUUGAAAGCGAGAUCGUCUUUCCCGAUGAGGUGGAUGCAGGCGACUGGGAGGGCGCCGCAGUCGAGGAUCGGAAGCAGUUGAAGGGAUUGUUGGAUGAAUGUUUGGCUAUUGGGGCAUAG